AUGAUUGUUUUAUUACUACAGCUUUUGGUGAACGGCAAGUGGUCUGUCCAAAUUCGGUCAUGCCAUGCUAGCGUCCGCGGGGCAACAUCCUCAGGUACGUACGAGGUACGAUCGGCGUACACGCUAGCUCGCUACCGAUUCCGUAAACAGACGGCUUUCCCCCUUCCGGUCUCUUUCCGGCUCAUCUGGGCGCGAGGCUGUACACGCCACCCCCUCCCUACUGCUCUCCAUACCUUCCUUACCUCCCCCUCCAAUACGCCCCUCUCCUCCACUCCCUGCCGAUGGGCCCUCCCUCACGCACAUGCCCCAACAGUUGCUCCCUGGCUGCUUCCCCCCGAGCUGCUUCCCGGGGUCGCCUAUUUUGACGCGGAGUCGGGCGUGACGGUGCGUAAUGGAGACGAGGAGGCCCAGAUUGCCGCCACCUGGGCUGAUGUGUUUGCCUCGCGCCGGCCCUGCAACACCAUGCAGCUCGAGGGCCGCUGCAGGCUGCUGCGGCAAGGAGGAGCUCCCGCCGCCGUCUCUUUCGACGGCACCUCCUGCACUGUGACCCUGGACGAUUACCUUAGCCUGGAGCCUGCCUGGGAGGCGGCGUUUUGGAGCCCGGACUUCACGGCCGUGUGGGUCAUGAUGCAAGCGGAGGAUGCCAGACCCAAGGCCUUUAGCUUUGAAGGCAUGCUGCAAUGCGCGGUGGAGGACAAGGCUUCUGCUGCCUCCUCCGGCCGCGGCCUGCCCCCACUUCCAAGCAAGCAGUGGACGAUGGAGGUCCUUUCCAAGAGCACUGAUGAGGCCACCGGCGUCGUAACGCAAAAGUACUUUCGGUACAGCCAGGCGGGCCUUAUGAGCUCUCAACGGCUUCGUCAGGGCCCCUGCGGCGUCCUCCUGCCGCCGAGCGGGCUCAAGUCGUUUGCCGGUGACGUUGCUGUCGUACUGUUGUACGACAGGGCUGUUGAGGAAUCUGAGGUCCGCGACCUUGCAACGUUUUACGGGUCACGCUUCGGUUGGGGUAGCCUCCAGUACUAA